GCUUGCCAUAAAAAGAGGCCCGUUUCAAAAAGGUGCACCCGCCGCACAACGGCAAGACUAACAGCCAAAUCUGGAAGCAGUUGAGGCCAGAUUUUGUUCUGCACUUCUGUGGAUGGCUGGCGAUUGUUCUGAACAGACUUUGUCCUUUCCAUCUCUUCACCUCCUGGGAUAGGUGUUUCUUUCUUGUGGCCGGUCCUACUACUCGCGGGGUGACUUGGUACAACUGUACGCUCUUGUCCCCUCUGUAAACACUUCCACCACCUACCGACUACGCACCGCACACAACAUCCCUCUCGCCCACCAUGGCCACCAUGGGCCGACCAAGAUUACCGCCGUUGCUACUACUACUUGGUGCGAUAUUCUUCUUGUCGACCCAUGUCUCCGCUGUAGCAGCUGUGCUAGGCAUCGACUUGGGAACAGAAUACAUCAAGGCGGCACUGGUGAAGCCAGGUAUCCCUCUCGAGAUCGUUCCGACAAAAGACUCCAGGAGGAAAGAGAUCUCGGCCGUCACCUUCAAGCCGCCACCCAAUGGUCCCAAGAAAGGCUCCUAUCCCGAGCGGGCGUACGGUUCCGACGCCGUGGCCCUCGCCCCGCGCUUCCCCGGCGACGUCUACCCGAACCUCAAAGCCCUCCUGGGCCUGCCCGUUGACAACGCCGAGGUUAAGGAAUAUGCGAACCGUCACCCUGCUCUGCAGUUGGUGGCUCACAAGCUGCGGAAUACUGCCGCGUUCAAGAGCGCUGGCGCCUUCACUCCAGAGGAGGAAGCUUGGAUGGUGGAGGAACUGUUGGCCAUGCAACUCCAGAGCAUCCGGAGCAAUGCUGAGGCACUUGCCGGUCCAGGAAGCCCCGUCCGUUCCGCCGUCAUCACCGUCCCGCCGUUCUACACUAUUGAGGAGAAGCGCGCGACGGAAUUGGCGGCUGAGCUUGCCGGAUUCAAAGUCCUUGGCUUGAUGAGCGACGGCCUUGCGGUGGGGCUGCACUAUGCGACCAGCAGGCAGUUCCCAAACGUCAACGAGGGAGGAAAGCCGGAACAUCACAUGAUUUUCGAUAUGGGCGCUGGCUCGACCAAGGCCACGGUGCUCAAGUUCCAGAGCCGGACUGUCAAAGACGUGGGCAAAUUCAACAAGACCGUCCAGGAGGUCCAGGUUCUUGGCAGCGGCUGGGACCGCACCCUUGGUGGCGACGCGCUCAACUACCUCAUUGUGGACGACAUGGUUGCCAAAUUCGUGGACUCGCCAAAGGCCCAGAAGGCUUCAGUGGCGGCUGAGAAGGUCAAGGCCCACGGGCGCGCCAUCACGAAGCUGACAAAGGAAGCGGAGCGGGUGAGGCAUGUUCUUAGCGCCAACCAGAACACCCAGGCCAGCUUUGAGGAGCUUUACGACGAUGUGGAUUUCAGGUACAAGAUCACACGCGCCGAAUUCGAGGAGAUGGCUGCGGGUCACGCCAAGAGGGUCGGCGACACCAUUCAGAGCGCUCUCUCCUCCGCUGGCCUUGAUAUCAAGGAGCUCGAUUCGGUGAUCCUCCAUGGUGGUGCCUCGCGCACUCCCUUCGUCCAGAAGGAGCUUGAGAAGAUCCUCGGCAACCCCGAUAAGAUCCGAACCAACGUCAAUUCAGACGAGGCCGCCGUCUUUGGUGCAGGCUUCCGGGCAGCCGAACUCAGCCCCAGUUUCCGUGUCAAGGAGAUCCGGGUGUCCGAAGCUGCUGCGUACCCGGCCGGCAUGAAAUGGAAGACUGACGACGGCAAGCCCAAGCAGCAGCGCCUCUGGACCGCGACAUCGCAUCUCGGCGCCCCGGCUAAAGAGGUUACGUUCUCGAACCGUGAGGACUUUUCGGUCAAUUUCUUCCAGCUUAUUCCCGCGUCCGCUUCCGACUCUGGGUCGGUCGAGGUCGAGACUAAGGUUUUCUCAACCAAGAAUCUGACCGCCUCUGUAACACAGCUUGUUGAGAAGCACAAGUGUGACAAGGCAGAUAUCCGCCUCAAGGUUGGCGUCCGCCUUGCAACUGAGAAUGGUGAGGUGGAUGUGACCAAGGUCACUGUUGAGUGCGAAGCCGAGGCGCCAGAAAAGGAGGGUUUUGUCGACGGAGUCAAGAAUUUCCUUGGGUUCGGAAAGAAGGAACAACAGCCUCUCACUGGGGAGUCAGAAAAAUCCGAGGAGGCAGAAUCGUCAUCUUCCACAACGACAGUUGAGAGCUCGACUACUACCUCUUCGGACUCGUCCUCCAGCUCUACAUCCUCCACGGCCUCCGCAUCCGAAUCCGGUCAGGCCAAGUCUGACGGCAAAAAAAAGGAACUUGUUGUCAUUCCAAUCAAAUUCACCUUGGAGAAGUCCGGCAUUCCUCAGCUUCCCAAAGCAGAUAUUACCUUUGUUAAGGACCGUCUCAAAGCAUUUGAGAUAUCCGACCGUUUGCGGAGACAGCGGGAAGAGGCACUGAACCAGCUUGAGGGCUUCACGUACAAGGUCCGCGACCUCAUUGAGAACGAGAGUUUCAUCGGUGCCUCCACCGCGGAGGAACGGGCAAAAUUGGAGAAGAAGAACAGCGAAACGAGCGACUGGUUGUAUGGAGAAGGUGCGGAUGCAACCAAGGAUGAGCUCAAGAACCGGCUCAAGGAGCUGCAAAAUAUCGUCGAUCCCGUUCAGAAGAGAAUUGACGAAGCAUCCAAGCGGCCCGAGCUCCUCAAAAAUCUGCAGGAGGCACUCAACAGCACCAAGACGUUCAUCGCCGACGUCAAGAAACAGAUUGCCGAGUACGAGGCAUAUCAAUCCUCUCAGACUGCCCCACCCUCCUCGUCCACCUCCACUACUACAGCCGCCCCGUCAUCCUCCUCAGGAGACUUUGAGGGCCUCGAGGACGAGGACACCGCCGCCUCAACCAUGACUGCCUCCGACGUGAUGGAAGAGCUUGAAAAGAGGAGCGGUCCCGUCCCGCCGCUUUAUACCGUUGACGACCUCAAAGAAAGCGAGUCCCUCUACGAGUCCAUCUCGACCUGGCUCGAGGAGAAGAACGCGGCACAAGAGAAGCUGUCGGCUACGGACGACCCUGUGCUGCUCGUCAAAGACCUCACUGAGAAGCGCGACCAGCUGGACAAGGCGGGCAUGGAACUCGCUAUGAAGGGGGUGCGCAACUUUGAAAAGAGGAAGGCUGGGUCGGGCAAGGACAAGGCUAAAGAAAAGGCCAAGGCCAAGGGCGGGAAGUCGUCGACGUCUACCAAGCCCGCCAAGCCGGCGCAGACGAUCAAGUUGCAGCCCGGCGAGGACGGGAAGAUGCCAAGCCAGGAGGAGAUUGAUGCCAUGUUGAAGGAGUUUAUAAAGGAGGCUGAGGAGGCCAAGAAGGCUGAUGAAGGGCAGAAGCAGCAACAGGAGGAGAGUAAGGGGGAGGAGAAGCAGCAGGGGCAGGGCGAGGAGCAUAAGCAUGACGAGCUAUAGAGGGGCGUAUGCAUUUUGGGUUUGUUUCCCCCUCGUUGCUGGGCCUGGAGUAAAGCACCGGUUGGAGUUCUCGGGUGGAACGGUCUGGUUGUAGAUGGUUUGCCUUUUCCAGAAAAUAAAAGAUACAUGC